AGGCAGGCCGGGGAGACGAGGUGACGGUCUCCCCGUGGUGACGAGCGAGGCGCGCCCACCCCCGGCCCAGUUUACUCGGCUUUCCGUCCCCCAUUCCCUCGUCUUGAGGUCCCAUUAUCAAACGGGCAAAACCACGUCUUAGUACCGGUCAGAAGUUGUUCUUUCUCUUUUUAAAACACCCGAGUCAGCCAUAUGGUGCUGCUCUCGCGACUACCGAGAACGCAGAUCCAGUCUUGUUUCGCCCCUGCAUCUAUUAGUCUGCCUCGCUUCACGUAAGACUGAUAGUAAUGAGAACUUUCAGAAGAUGACGUCAAAUGUAAAACCUGCUACGCAUAAAUUUUAAAAAGCCGCCUGAUGGCAUUGAAACGAAUGGGAAUUGUAAACGACUAUGAGAAAAUUCGUACCUUUGCUGUAGCAAUAGUAGGUGUUGGUGGAGUUGGUAGUGUGACUGCUGAAAUGCUGACAAGAUGUGGCAUUGGUAAGUUGCUACUCUUUGACUAUGACAAGGUGGAACUUGCCAAUAUGAAUAGACUUUUCUUCCAACCUCAUCAAGCAGGAUUAAGUAAAGUUCAAGCAGCAGAACAUACUUUGAGGAACAUUAAUCCUGAUGUUCUUUUUGAAGUACACAACUACAAUAUCACCACAGUAGAAAACUUCCAACAUUUCAUGGAUAGAAUAAGUAAUGGUGGUUUACAAGAGGGAAAGCCUGUUGACCUAGUUCUUAGCUGUGUGGACAAUUUUGAAGCUCGAAUGACAAUAAAUACAGCUUGUAAUGAACUUGGACAAACAUGGAUGGAAUCUGGAGUCAGUGAAAAUGCAGUUUCAGGGCAUAUACAGCUCAUAAUUCCUGGAGAAUCUGCUUGUUUUGCGUGUGCUCCACCACUUGUAGUUGCUGCAAAUAUCGAUGAAAAGACUCUGAAACGAGAAGGUGUGUGUGCAGCUAGUCUUCCUACCACUAUGGGAGUAGUUGCUGGAAUCUUGGUACAAAACGUGUUAAAGUUUCUGUUAAAUUUUGGUACAGUCAGUUUUUACCUUGGAUACAAUGCAAUGCAGGAUUUUUUUCCUACUAUGUCCAUGAAGCCAAAUCCUCAGUGUGAUGACAGGAAUUGCAGGAAGCAGCAGGAAGAAUAUAAGAAAAAAGUAGCAGCACUGCCCAAACAGGAGAUUGUUCAAGAAGAGGAAAAAAUAAUACAUGAAGAUAAUGAGUGGGGUAUUGAGUUGGUGUCUGAGGUUUCAGAAGAGGAACUGAAAAAUUCUUCAGGUCCAGUCCCUGACUUACCUGAAGGAAUUACAGUGGCAUAUACAAUUCCAAGAAAGCAAGAAGAUUCUGUACCUGAUGUAACUGUGGAAGAUUCUGGUGAAAGCUUGGAAGACCUCAUGGCCAAGAUGAAGAAUAUGUAGAUAGUGAACUAACAUAUUUUAUUUCCGAAUAUAUAGAUAGUGAACUAACAUAUUUUAUUUCCUAUGUUUAAACCUAUUCCUCUGAAGCUAAAUAAAUAAAUGUUUUAAAACUGAUAAAACUUAGGGCAGGGGCAGUGCGAUGGAUCGCUUUUAUAUGGCCUUUCUCGCCAUGGUCUUGUAACUCCCACCCAUGUGAUUGGGUAGGACUAUGCAGAUAAGGUAAUUGUGGCCCACCAAGGGGAGUGGAUAGCUUGCUAAUAAGGCAAACAAAGUGUAUGGCACCCAUGUGGUGGUGGGACCAUGCAAGUAAGCUGUAUGGAGCCCUACCAAGGCAAUUGGUCAGUUUUAAAACAUUCUGCUAGGCUUAAAAUGAGCACCUUAGAGGCAGAAAGGGAGGACCUCAUCACCACCAAGAAGAAGAAAUGGGAGCAGAGCGAGUCCUUUGGACCCAAGGUUCCUGUAUUGAGAACCUCCUAGAGAGCUGUAACACCAGAGACAGUAAGGCAGUGGUGAGAAGCUGCGGUAGAGGAACAGCAGCAGAACCAGCAGACCAGCAGGAGAUUGGCAAGAGACGGCACUGUAGGCUUCCCAGCCCCCAGAGUGAGAAAACUGAGUGCCUUGGGCAGCAGGCUUGCUGGUGAAGUGUGCCUCUGGGCAGGAGGCUUGCUGGCAGAGUGGGAUGUCUCUGGACGCUUAUUCGCGGAGCUGACCCAUGGAGUGAGAAAGCUGAGCACCUGUGGGCUGAGGCUUACUGGCAGAAUGUGUGUUGGGGGGGUGCCUCUGGGCACUUAUCAAACACCUUUGCAUAGUAAUAAA